AUGGAUCACCUGCUGCUGCUGUGGAGCUCAGGCUGCAGACCUGAUGAGGCUAAUCAGCAGCAUGAGACACACCUGGGCCAGCACACACAGAGCAGAGAGACGGUCUACCUGGACAUCAUGGAUCACCUGUUGGUGCUGCUGCUGCUGCUGCUGUGGAGCUCAGGACUCCAGGCUGAAGAAAAUCACAACUCAACAGAGUCCGUCAGGUUGGUGGGAGGAGACAGUCGCUGUGCAGGAACACUGGAGCUGAAACAUCAGAGAGGCUGGAGACCAGUGGAUGGCCGUUACUCUGGCUGGACCCUGAAGGAAGCAGCAGCUGCCUGCAGAGACUUGGACUGUGGCUCUGCUGUUUCUGUAGAACAGAGAAAGGAGUCCUCAGUCAGAUCUGUGUGGUUGAUCAGGUCUGUCUGUGUUCAGUCUGGAUAUACUCUGAGGGAGUGUGCAACAUCAGAUUCCUCUAGCUCCAUCCUGAAUCUCACCUGCUCAGGAGUCCCCUCGGCCAACCAGCAACCAGCCUGA